CAUUAUAAAAUGAGAGACACUCUGCCAGAAGCCAGACCAUUCAGCAAACAUGAUGCGAGCUGCUGUAGUUUCUCUGCUGUUGCUCUUCUGUCUCUUACAGGACAGUGCCGGGCACUCUACGAAACCGAAGCCUGAAGAUCGGUCCAGCCGAAAGCGCUGCUGUGGUCAACUGCAGAGUCUGAGGGCCCUCGUUUAUCAGCAAGGAACCGUGUUAGCAGAACUGAGGAGAGACUUUGUCAAGGUCAAGAAUGAGAAUGCAGCAAAUGCAGUGGCGAUCUCCAGUUUGAAAACCAGUCUUUCAGCCAAUCAGCAAGAGGUGCAGAAGCUGAAGAAGGAGAAUGCAGCUCAGACGGCCGAACUGCAGAACGUGCAGUCCAGACUAACAGCUGUUGAGAAUGACGUGAAGAACCUGAAGAAUAAAGAUGCAGAACAAGCAAGUGGGCUUUCGGCCUUGAGGAACGAGCUGGAAAAUCUGAGGAAAGAGUGUUCAGGGAGCCAAAAGGUGGCUUUCUCAGCUGCUAUAGGCCCACCUGCAGGACGGAGGGGACCAUUCAAUUCUGAGACUAAUCUGGUCUACAAAAAUGUCAUCACAAACAUUGGAAAUGCCUACAACUCAGGCACAGGUAUUUUCACAGCUCCGGUCAAAGGGGUCUACUAUUUUCGAUUUACGGGUGCUGGAUAUGAUGACAAGAAAUGGAAUAUAGGAGUGAAUCUGUACAAAAACGGGCAACAUCUGAUCCAUUUGGGUGAAAACAGCAUUGACGGCAUAGCUAAGCAUGUCUCGAGUGGAAUCACUCUGGAGCUGGCGGCGGGAGAUCAGGUGCACACCCGCCUUCCAACAAACUAUGUGCUCUGGGAUGAUACGUACUUCCGCACUAGUUUUAGUGGCUUCCUCCUCUUCCCCAUGUGAAAGAUGCAAAGGCCCAGUGAUAACCUUUCUGCUUGGGUCCUCUUUGCUCACUAAACUGUAUUCUUUGUUCCCUCAAGUGAUCAUAUUAGCAACCUAAUCAACUUAAAAUGUGCAACACUGCUGAUUCAAGCUGUCAAAACAUUUAGCCUGCUUUUAAAUUUUAGAUCAUAUACCUUACCUACUAAAACUGCAUGUAAUUAUUUCUAUUUUACUAAAGUUUGUGUCUCUUUUGCCAUGAUUGAAAUUACACAUUAAAUAAAACUACACAUAGCAAAA